AUGAGCAGGGAAAAAAGGAGAUCGAUAUCUGCUCUCCUGCUCCCCUUGCUUGCUCGCCCCUUCCCCCGCGUCCUAGAGCAUGUGUUGCUCCAGGUGGUCGCAGAGAUCCUUGUUAGCAGGAUGAAGCUUGCCGCUCUUCUCGCAGCAGACUCCUCCUCCCCCCUCCUUGAUGACGUCACUUCGAUCCUCCGCCUGCUCGCGUCCGACUUCCUGAAGCACCUGGAGGGAGCAGGAGGAGGGGCAGGGGCAGGAGCAGGAGGAGUUUCUAGCUGGCAGAUGCGGGUGCUCGAGAGUGUAUUGCGGGAACUCAAGAACAGCUUGAUCGUUCAGAAGCAGGAGAAUGACCAAGAGGAGGAGGAGGAGGAGGAGGAGGAGGAGGAGGAGGAGGAGGAGGAGGAGCAAGAGGAGGGAGACGGAGACGGAGGCGAAGAUGAGGUGCAUGACGAUGAAGCAAAGGAUGACGACGACGACGACGACGACGACGGGGAGGAAGACGAGGAGGACGAUGAGCAGAUCUGUUGUGUGCAAGGGAGGGAGCGACAGAGGAGGUUCACAACAUUAGCACGCAGGUUCCUCUCUCAGACCAUGGGCGUCAUAGCUGCCAUGGCCAGCAGGAAGCUGGAGGAGGAGGACGAGGAGGAGAUCCCAGCUGGAGGAGCUACUGGGGGCAGGCUCGAGCUGAUCUCCUCCUUCCUCUCUGUGGGGCAUCGAGCACACAAGAUGCUUCUCCUCUCCCUCCCUUCACUCCUCCCCUCCGUCUGCUUCCUCCUCCGCUCCCGCUGCUUCCUCGACGACUGCGGUGACUCUGCUGCCAUCUUCCUCCGGAGGAAGACUAUCGCCCUGCUGCUCAAGUCAGCUGCUGUGCUCGAGGAUGAGGAGCACCUAGAGUGGAUCCUCCAAAGUGAGAACAACGAGGAUAGAGAUGGCAAGGAGGAGCAGGAGCAGGGGCAGGAGCAGGAGCAGAGCACAAACCGAAGGCCGCAAAAGCGACAGAAGAGCUCUCAAGAUACGAAAGGCUCUCGCGCUUCUAGCUCCUUCCUGUUGCAGAAGAUCAUUUCUGUGUGA